AUGCUAUUAUCAAGAAUAAGAACAUUCAAAAACCUAACCACAACACUUAAGCCUUUGCAAAAUAAUAGAUAUUACAAAUUCUCUAAUGCUGAAGCAAGCAAGGACGCUAAGUUUGAUAGAAAUGCUCAUUUCGAAGACCCUGUCAAUGAAUGGGUUAAUCCAUCAAAAAGAUGGUUAAUAGGAGGAUGGUUGCUUCUUUGUGCAGGGGGAGUCUAUUUUAUGGUCCUCUUGGGUGGAUACACCAGACUUACUCAUUCAGGAUUAUCAAUGACUAAAUGGAAACCAAUAGAAUAUGUAUAUCCAAGAAACCAAGCUGAUUGGGAGAAGGAAUUUGACUAUUACAAACAAUUCCCAGAAUACUAACAUUCUCCUAUUGAUUUAGAGAAGUUCAAGAAAAUAUUCAUUGUUGAAUAUUUACACCGAGUAUCUGGAUCCACUUUGGGAGCUCUUUAUGUUUUACCCUUGGCUGCAUUUACAGCUAUGAAAUGGGUUAAACCAUAGUAUGCAAAAAGACUAGGAGCAAUAGGUGGUCUUGGAUUAUUGUAAGGUUUGAUUGGAUGGUGGAUGGUCAAAUCAGGAUUGGACAGACCAAAACCAGAAUAUUAACAAAAGCCUAGAGUUUCAACUUACAGACUUACUGUACAUUUAUCAAUGGCACUAUCAUUGUAUUCCCUUUUAAUUUGGAAUGCUGCUACCCUUUUUAGAAAACCUUAGCAUUUAUCAAUAACUCCAGAAAAUUAUAAAACUCAUCUUAAAUUUAGAGGACUUGGAAUUGGUUUGAUUCAUUUAGUAGCCAUCAAUUUAUUAACUGGAGCAGCUAUGGCAGGUAUAGAUGCAGGAAAGGUUUUUAAUACAUGGCCUACUAUGAAUGGGUAAAUAGUUCCAGCCAACUUAUUUAAAGCAUCACCAUUUUAUAAGAACUUCUUUGAGAAUGUUGUGAUGGUAUAAUUCAAUCAUAGAAAUGCAGCAUAUUUAACUUAUGCCUUUGGAUCUUAUAUUACUUAUCUCGCUUAUAAGAGUAAUCUACCAAAACAAGCUAGAUAUAUAUGUUAUGCCCUUUACGGAGUUCUUAAUUAUUAAUUACUCACAGGAAUAGUAGCAUUACUCAAUCAAGUGUAAGUUCAUUCUGGAAGUAUCCAUUAAUUUAAUGCAUUGAAUGUUCUAACAGCAAGUUUAUUACUUUGUCAUAGUGUCAGAAAACCAAGUGUGCCUUACAGAAACUAUAUAAAGCAAUUUGUCUGA